AACGCUUUCCUUAUUAAAAGCUUCUUUGCUGCUACUCCCAAGUCCGCUCCGCUCCAGAUCAGAAAAUGGUUGUGUAAACAGACGGUCUGUAAGACAGGUUGCAGUCGCUGCCAUCGGAUGGUUCUGGCGGGAUAUCAUCAAAUAUCUGAGGCCUUAUUUAAGAAGACAUUGUCAGCAUUAUAUGUGGAGGUAUUUGUUUAAAAGCAAACCUAACAUACGGGUUCUUCAGGGGAAGCUCGGCUAACUUGUUAGCUUAACACUGUUAGCAGACGUGCUGUGUGUAAUAUUCCAGUUUUCUUUCUUUCAUUUAAAACUCUCAGCUACAACGUCUGAGCCAGGUUUCACUUCCAAACUCGAGUGGAUAUUAUGUAUUUAGCUGGCGUUUGUGGAAAUAAAUGCGUGAGUUAGCAAGUUUAGUUAGUUUGGUUGGGGUGACAGUGGAUGCAGGAGGCCUGAGUCACAUCUGCAGGACAUAUUUAGUCUAAAACACAAUUUAACAGCUUGAAAUACUCCUCUGGUCUCAGUAUAUAAGCUACAUGAUCAGCAGGUGUGCCAAAUGCUCUAAAGCUUUAAUAGUUUGCUAGCUCGCUAGGUCAUGACAUGGUAGGAGGGGAAGGAGCCUUGCCCACCAGCAUCCUUACAAAUUUCAGCAUCUUUUGGGGCGUUUUUGUGGUGAUAUCUGAAGGUCAGUGCAGUUUUGGAGAAGCAGGAUCAUCAUCAGUGUGUGCUGAUGCUGUGUGACUGGCCUGCUCAUCUGGAUCUGCGCACAUUGCUGGCUGCUUGACCUCAGCUGGUCUUUCUCCUUAUCAAGUAACUGAACGACGACCACCAUGUCCGACAACCAGGGCAAUGUGAACAACAACAACGUCCCACUGAACAACAACAAUAACGGUGGGCCGAACCGGAUCCGGAACCCCGCGAUGAACCAGAACCCCCUGAUCAACGUGAGAGACCGACUCUUCCACGCCUUAUUCUUUAAGAUGGCAGUCACAUAUGCCAGGCUCUUCCCACCAUCCUUCAGACGGAUAUUCGAGUUCCUCGUCUUGUUAAAGGCAUUGUUUAUGCUCUUCAUCCUGGCCUACAUCCACAUUGCCUUCUCACGCUCUCCAAUCAACUGCCUGGAGCACGUGCGGGAGAAAUGGCCCCGUGAUGGCAUCCUGCGUGUGGAGAUCCAGCGCAACUCCAGCCGCGCGCCCAUCUUUCUGCAGUUCUACGAGACGGAGGGAAUCCAGGGCCUCGUGAAAGAACCAGAGGAAGACGGAAGGGAAACCAGACAGCCAAUGGUGCCCACAGACGCUGAAGAGGAGGAAGAGAUGACCAUGGAGAUGUUUGACAACAGCACAGUACGGUUUGAGCUAGACAUCGAGCCACGCCUGAAUCCGUCGCUGAGUGGCGGUGUUCCUGGCUCCAGCCUGAAUGAAUCCCAGGAUCUGUCCUUCAGCCAGGCCCCCUCUAAAGGUAUGCAGCCGCUGAGGGAGACUGUCUCCGAGAUUGAGAUGCUAACUCGAGCAGUGUGGCCACAAGAAGAGUAUAUUGUCGAAUAUUCUUUGGAAUAUGGAUUCCUACGGCUGUCCCAGGCCACACGGCAGCGACUCAACAUCCCUGUUAUGGUGGUGACCCUGGACCCCAUGAAGGAUCAGUGCUUUGGAGACGGUUUCAGUCGCUUCCUCCUGGAUGAAUGCCUGGGCUAUGACGAUAUCCUGAUGUCCAGUGUGAAGGCUUUAGCAGAGAAUGAGGAAAACAAAGGGUUUCUGAGGAACGUGGUCUCUGGUGAACACUACCGUUUUGUCAGUAUGUGGAUGGCUCGUACCUCCUACCUGGCAGCCUUUGUAAUCAUGGUUAUCUUUACUCUGUCAGUGUCCAUGCUGCUGCGGUACUCGCACCACCAGAUUUUCGUCUUUAUAGUGGACCUUCUCCAGAUGUUGGAGAUGAAUAUGACCAUUGCCUUCCCUGCUGCCCCUCUCCUCACUGUCAUCCUGGCUCUUGUAGGGAUGGAGGCCAUCAUGUCUGAGUUUUUCAAUGACACAACGACUGCCUUCUACAUAAUCCUCAUUGUUUGGUUGGCAGACCAAUACGAUGCCAUCUGCUGCCACACCAAUACAAGCAAGCGCCACUGGCUCAGAUUCUUUUAUCUGUAUCACUUUGCCUUCUAUGCGUAUCAUUACCGCUUUAACGGCCAGUACAGCAGUUUGGCUUUGGUCACUUCCUGGCUCUUCAUUCAGCACUCAAUGAUCUAUUUUUUCCAUCACUACGAGCUGCCAGCCAUCCUGCAGCAGAUCCGGAUCCAGGAGAUGCUGCUUCAGAACCAGCAGGUGGGUCAAGGAAACCAGACUGCAUUGCAGGACAAUCUCAACAACAACACUAGCAGCACUGCGCCUGCUGGCCAAGCUAAUGCAGCCGCUAACGCGAACACUAACGGCCAGGACCGGCAAGCCGCUCAGGACCAACCUCAGCUCCAAACCCACAAUGGCUUGGUGGUAAAUACUGGUCUGUCCAUCGACCCAUCAAACUCCGACCUCGACUGGAUGGCUGAGAUCGCCAUUGGCCCGGAUAUCCUGUCAGUUUCACACUUGAGUGACUCGCUUUUGGAGCCGGGAGGGAUCCAGGAACCAACGUCGUCCAGCGCAGGGGUAACGGAGCUGCAUGGCCCGAGCACAGCAGGAGAGAACCAAGUCGGAAACAUUAGCGUGGCAAGUGUUCCUCCGGGACGGGGUUGUCCUCAUGGUCUGGGUCCCCCUGGAGAUGGAGGAGGGCAGACAGAAUCUGAAACUUCCUCCCCAGUGACCUCACACACAGACUGCAGAGUUGCAGAAACGCUUAAAGGCACCACGGACUGGGAAGGCCAGACGGAGAACAAAAGCAAGAGCUCGGACUCCCACUCGGCCCCAGCUUGAGUCGCGCACCCCCAUUCGGAACGAAUGAAUUCACGCUCUACAGUCACCACCCCUCUCUGUAAAUUAAUCCAGAAGGCAUCAAGAGGAGAAACCGUGAUGGGGCUUUAUGUAAUUACAUCCUGGAAACCUCCAACAUGAACAUGAGGAGGGCCGAAGCAGACUUCCGCUGUCUAGUCAUGUUCUUAAGAGUAAAUUCGUAUUGAAUUGUCAAAUGAUGCCAUGUGUCAGGGUGUGAUCAUUGAAGUCUUUACAUGUUUUUUUUUUUUUUUUUUUUAAUGGUUGAAACUUUUAAUACAGGGAGUAUUCAGUUUAAAAUGUGAUGUAUCGCUCAAUAAUGGUACUUUUCGUUGCUCUUGAGUAUGGAGUUGCAGGUAUCAGCGGGCUGCACGGGCGGCAAUCUUCAAAUAUGAAUACACAUUGUACUUUGCACAACUUGUGCUAGGAUUGUUUCGGCUUUCUUUCCAUUCCUCUAAUGAUAUAACAAGCAGUGAAAAUUCAUUUAGUCACAAUAAAUUGUUUUGGUCCCUACUACGUUUGUUCACUACAGCGAGCCACCAAAAUGUCCCUUAUGCGAUUUGAAGUCUAGCUCAUGACUUGCCAUUGCGUUCAGGUUUGGUAUUGUCAUAUGUGUGGAGCAGUUUGACUCCUGAAUCCGAUGCUAUUGCUGGUCAGAGUGCUUUGAUGUAGUUUAUUGGCGAGUCUGCUAGUCAAAAGAAGUGGACGGUGACGUCAGAGCACCAUUAUACUCCGAUUAAGUCCUCCUUCCAUAUGAUCCUCAUGGAAAGCUCUGUCAUGGGGUCAUUUCUGUGCUUUCUAAUCUUCAUCAAGAGACGUUAGUUUAGACGGAUGUUGUCUUUUGCACAAACUCAUCAGCGAGUCGUUGGUUUUUCUUCAGGUGAAGUCUGGCUUUGAGAGAGCGAGUGGAUAGAUUAUUGCCUUAUGCUUCUAAAACUGAACAUUAACCUUGUAUUUCCGUCUUUGGCCAUGUACAUUGGGGUCGAUAGCCUUACCAGAGGCUUCAAAGCCAGUA